UUAGAAUAGCUUGCUUGAAUGACUUUGAAAUGGACUGGAUGGUCGGAAGUUAGAGUGCUUGUAAAAUGAGUUAAUUCUAUCAUGCGCAACAGUCAUGUGUUGGAUGGUGCCAAAGAAGAGCCAUUUGGACCUUUGUACCAUGGGCAAAGAACCACGCUUACAGAUUAAAGAUUACCCUGCUUCAUCACCUCCAGCUUAAUGAAGAUAGCCCAACAUUUACAAGUCUUGAAGUAAAAGAGAAUAUAAACUACAACCAUUACUACACUCGAGGAUGUCAGUGUAACAAAAACACAGAUCUCUUCCAGUGAUGAUUGGUCGACACAAAAAUGAGCGGCUCGGUUAUUGGCUGGGGUGUGGUAUAUGCAAAUAAGCGGCAAGAGGCUUUAUUAAAGGACUCGCAGUAGUCUCGUGGAGCGGGUGUGUCGACACGUAGGCUACUCUUCUGAGGGUGAACUGCUAAAAAAAAAAAAAAAAAAAAAAUUUUUAUAUUAAAAUACAGCGCUCUGGAAUUGCUUGCAAAUCCUGUAUCUCCUAUAAUGUGCUUUGUUCAAGAGAUCAAUUUAAACUGAAACAUUUUCUCCAUGAGUUCCACAAGAGUUCUUCAUCUCCUCAGUCCCCCAAUGCCGGGUCCAGUUAUGCCUGUGGAUGUGGCUGUGCAGCUGUACAUCACCCAUUCUCCCCCACUGCGCAGCUUCCUGAGCUCUUAUGAAGACUACAGGAAGCGCAACCUGGUCAACACCUGCUACAAACCCCUGCGGCCCUGCUUGAGCUCCAGAACCCACCUGGAGUCCCCUCGUCUGGGCUGGCAGACCCCAAAAUCCAAAGCCAAAAAGAAGGUUGUGUUUGCUGACUCAAAGGGUAUGUCAUUAACAGCGGUGCAUGUCUUCUCAACUUUUGAUAACAGAGAAGCUUCUGCGUCCGAACUACAGUUUGACCUGGAAGACCUAAAGGACGUCACAGCCACUCUUCAUAUAAACUCUGCCCAGAGCAGAAUUCUAGACUUUCCACAGCCAGCGGCAGACUACCUAGAUUUCCGUAGCCGGUUGCUGAAAAACUUUGUUUGUUUGGAGAACUGUACCCUUCAGGAGCGGGCCCUAACUGGCACCAUCAAAGUGCAUAACCUGGCCUACGAGAAGUUGGUUCAUGUGCGGAUCACCUUCGACACCUGGAAGAGCUUCCAGGAUGUGGAAUGCACAUUUAUGAAUAAUGUGUAUGGUAGUCAGGAUACAGACACAUUUUCAUUUGACAUUGAACUGCCUGGGUAUGUGCCCCCUCAGAAUAAGAUCGAAUUUUGCAUUAGCUACAGUACUGGAAAGAAGACCUACUGGGACAACAACGAUGGCAGAAACUAUGGACUGGUUUCAACAUCUUGGCAACUAAACAAUACAUGGAAUUCCACAAACCAGGGAAAGAAACCGAAUGAAUCCAGAAAGUUAGGCAGGAAAACACAAGACAAGGAAGUUUAUAAAUGUAAAAGUCGGCUCCAAUCCAAUAGCAUUUUCCCAAACUGGCAGAGUUGGGGGCACAUUGCAACCAAUGGGCCCUACUGGUGACUUGAGUUCACUGUCCAAACUAUCCAAAUGUGCUGAAAGAUUUUAGCAACAGUAAAUCUCUCAGUAUGACAACAGAAGAAGAUUAAUGUCCUCUUUAAAGCUCUUAAUAUGAUAUACCUGCUGAUUGCUUUACAAGUAGACCUAGAUAAGCUGUCUAUUAGUGGACUAAAGAGGGAAGAGAGGUUGCAUGGUUGAAAUGGUCACAUAGAGUGAAUCUUUCUUCUUUUAGAUGGAACAUGUUGCUGCAGUGCAAUACAGCAUAUUUUAUUCGUUUGUUAAGUAAAACAUGUGUCAUGACCUCUUUCCUAAAGAGCUAGACACAUCUGUAAACAAGACCACUAGGGGGUCUGGAGUAAACACUAUAUAACAUAUUUGCCGGUUCAUUGUAUAAAAUGUGUCUUAUGUGUGCUAAGAGAAAUCUUUUGUUAAACCGCUGCCAUUGUGUGCCACAUUUGCAGACUGUGCACGAUAAAACAUUAUACCAAGUGAAAAUCAAGUCUAAAUAUUUGAGGAUAUUUGUAUCUAAAGCAUAGGUCUCACUAGCCAAUUUUUUAGCCGAUUUCCGGUUGAAGAUUCUAUUAUGGAAGAGAUGAACAGUUGGUAUGCAACCAGUGAGAUUGUCCUUCAUAUUGAAGGGGUAACCUUUACUGGUUACAAACUUUCAGAAGGAAAAAAGUAAAAAAAUAUAUAUAUAUAUAUAUAUUUAUCAUAUUUAAUAUGUACUUUAAAUCAGCAUUGAAAUAAAUUAGGUUUUGAUCAUUUUGUUUAUCAAGCUUUUUUAUCUGCAAGAUGCACAUACAUUUAGCUGUCUCUUUUUUAUUCAUGUUUGUGUUAGAUGUGCUAGAAAUUUAAUGCAACUGAAUGCAAUAAGCUAAACAAAUGUCAUGAUAAUGGUUUCUGUGCCUUAGGAUCUCAGCAAAUGUCAUUGUAAAGUAAGUAGUGUCUUUUGUUGGGUAAUUUUAUGAUUUAAGUGCAAUUCAGUGAAUAUGAGUGGAAUUGGUUGUGAUGUCAUGUUUGAAUCAGAUGUGAAGAUAAGAAUGGCUGUAUUUUAUUAAAGAAAGAAUGGAUGGAUGUAUUUGGUGUGAUUUUUCUAAAAUAAAAUUUCACAUUUUCAGA